GAGAUGGCAGACCGCGUCUCAUGGAGUUCCUGAGCGAUUGGCUCGGCGGCCGGCAGCGACGCCUCGAGUACGAGUCGGAGGAGCUGCUCUUUCUCUACAUCCUGCGGACGCAGCAUGCGUCGGUGUGGCGGGAGGCCCUGAGGCGCGGGUGCGUCGUCGUCGCGCCGCGGUCCGCGAGCCUCAACGCGGAGCGCGCCGUGAGCGGCUUCGAGGCGGGGGCACACGUGCUCGUGCCGCGGGGCGCCGUCGACGGGCGCGGUGGCGGGGACGGCGGGUCCUUCGUGCCGCUCUGCGGCGACGCGCGCUCAGACGUGUCCGUCGUCGGGUCCGAGCUCGUCGCGUCGGGCCCGGCCUACGGGCCGGCGCCCCGGCGCGUCCGCAUCGUCGGCGUGGAGGACGUGGCCAUCCCCGCGCCGCGCGGCGGCGCCGCGGCCACGGCGCCGCGCGGCCCGAUGCGCGUGAUCCGCGCGUCGAUGCCCCUCGUCGGCGGCAUCGCGGCCCCCGACGAGGCCGACGAGCUCUCCGGCGCGCACGUGAGCCGGCUCGUCGCGCUCCUGCGCUGCGAGCCCGAGCUCGAGGGCUGCUUCCGCGAGCUCGACGCGUUCGCCGCGGACGUGGCGCUCGUCGCCGACGCGCGGCCCGACGGCGGCCUCGAGGCCAUCUCGCCGUCGCUGGAGGCCGCGACCUUCGCCAUGUGGCGCCGCGGCCGCGACGGCCUCCUCGCGGCCGGCGCGGGACGCGCGCUCGGCGCGCUGCGGGUGUCGCAGGUCGUCGAGACCUACCUCCUCCGCGCGCUCCACGACGUCGUUUACCCCUGGCUCCUGCGGCGCUGCGCGCGUGACGAGCAGCGGCUCCUGGGCGCGCUCAUGCGCCGAAAACGACCGGUGAGCUGGGAAUUCCUGGCCAGACUUCGAACCUCUCUUAUCUCCGUCGAAUCGAAGCGGCGCGACGUCCGCGUGCCGCGCUACGCGUGCGACCUCGACGCGGCGACGCGCGCGGCCGCCGAGGGCCUCCGCGCCGCCUCGUCGCCCCUCGACAAGCUCCUCGGCAUGAAGCGGGUCACGGCCUGUAUCACGGCCGAGCUCACGCGCGACGUCGAGCGCACCUACGAGCGCCGCCUCCGCCUCCGGGACGCGGGUGCGCCCGCGCCCGCGCCGCCGGAGCUCGCGACUGACGACCUCAUCGACCUCAUCGUCCACCUGCUGGUCUCGCACCGCGACGCGUCGUCCGUGCCGAACCUCCCCACGGACCUCAAGUACGUCCAGAUGUUCCACUUCGUCGAGGUCUCGACGAGCGCGCUCGGCUUCUUCCUCUCCAACUUCGAGGUGGCCAAUGACUUUCUCCUCGACCGGGGCCGCGACGAGCCGCGGCCCCCGGCGAAGCUCCUCGCGCCCGACCGCGCGGCGCCCCUCGCGCCGCCGCUCUCCGCGGAGGAGGGCGUGGAUCGCAUCCUUGCCGCUUCGACGCGGUCGUUCGAGGACGCCGAGGCCCUCCUCGACCGGGCCAGGCGGACGCCCCCCGCCUCGCCGCAGCGGGCCGGCGCGCGCAAGCAGAGCCCGCUCCUCCGCGCCCAGAACCUCGUCUCGGACGCCAUUGAGUUGCCGCCACGGCUUCCCGAGAUCAUAGACCUCUAGACCGUCAUGU